UGUGAAACAAGCAGUGGAGAUCUGCCCCUGGAAACAAAAAAGGGGGAUCAGGGUUGUUUCAUUGUUUUCCUUUAUCAGCAAAGGCAAACUCUCAGACUGAAGGAUUACUCCUGACUCUGGCAACUCUGAGUUUUGUUUCUUCUUUUGUGUGAAGGAAACGUAUGAAGAUCAGAGCGCACAUGGAUCUGAGCUACAUCGUGCUACUCCUGGUCCUGUGCUCCCUCAACAAGAUGCUGGUGGAGGCAACAGCUAAAGACGCUCACAAGGAACCAGCGAAUCAUUCAGUGAACCAUGGAGAUCUGUUGAGACUGUCUAAAAUCACCAUGGCCCAGUACAGAUGUUUCCAGAGGAUAACAGAGUCGCAGCACAAAACAAAAACGACUGCGGAGCCGAUGUGCAACAUGACGUGGGACGGCUGGCUGUGCUGGGAUGAAACUAAAGCUGGCGUUAAAGAGCAGAACUGUCCAGACUACUUUGAUGAUUUCGAUACACACGUGAUGGCUCAAAAAGUUUGCACAGAGACUGGAGAGUGGGCACGGCAUCCGGAGAGCAACAGGACGUGGACCAACUACACAAACUGCAAAGCCAACUUCACACAUCACGGAGAGCAGGCAACAAUGACUCACUUCUACUUGGUUAUGAUCGGUCAUGGACUUUCGCUGCUGUCUUUGCUGAUUUCACUGGGAAUUUUUUUCCAUUUUAAGAGUCUGAGCUGCCAAAGGAUAACUCUCCACAAAAACCUCUUUCUCUCCUUCAUACUUAACUCGAUUGCGACCGUUAUUGUGCUCACAAUGUUAGCGAAGCAAGGACACAAAUAUGCUGACUCUAUAAGCUGCACACUGAUGGAGUUUAUCCAUAUGUACCUGAUGAGCUGUAACUACUUCUGGAUGCUUUGUGAGGGCAUCUACCUGCAUACUCUGAUAGUUGUGGCUGUGUUUGCAGAAGAACAGCAUCUCCUUUGGUAUUAUCUGCUGGGUUGGGGCUUUCCAAUCAUGCCGGCAGUGAUAUACUCAAUAGCGCGUAACUUUUACUACAGUGACAAGUGCACCAUAAACACUUCCUUGCUUUACAUUAUCCAUGGACCCAUCUGUGCUGCAUUGGUGGUGAACCUUUUCUUCCUGCUGAACAUCGUUCGGGUUCUCAUCACCAAGCUGCGAGUGACACACCAGGCCGAAUCCAGCCUCUACAUGAGGGCUGUGAGAGCCACCCUCAUUCUCAUCCCUCUUCUCGGUAUCCAGUUUGUCCUGCUCCCAUAUAAACCUGAUGGCCACUCUGAGAUCUAUCACUACAUCAUGAACAUCCUGAUGCACUACCAGGGUCUCUUGGUUUCGACAAUAUUCUGCUUCUUCAACGGGGAGGUUCAGAGCAUUCUCCGGAGAUACUGGAAUCAACAGCGGAUGCAGUUUGUCGGUACUUUUGCCAACGCUGACAUCUUCCGCUCGGCCUCCUACGUGGCGUCGUCGCUGACCGAAGUCCACCGAUGCUACAGCAUCGAGAGUCACACUGAGCACAUGAACGGCAAGAGCUACUCAGACAUAUUCCGAUCGGACAGCCCUUUUGUGUGAAGCUCUUCAGGUUCAUGACUUACUGUUUUGCUCUCCUCCCAAGGUUUUUGAGAAAUAACACAGGUAUUUCUUCCAUUUUCAAAGCAAAAAACUAAACCAAAAGACACCCUCCCAUAUUUCACUUCAUUAGAAGGACUGUGAGAACAAAGACUUAAGAUCCUAUGAGGAUAAUGCCAUCAAACAACAAUAAAGUGUACUGCACUGUGCAGAUAACCUAGGGAAUAUUUCUUUUUUGUAUUGUGCGGAUAUCUUUUCUGGGCAUUUUCAAGAGCUUGAUGGAAUUUAAAAGUAAACGGUAAACUAAGUGAAAUACUGCUUCCUCUAUCAUCACUCCUUCUGACACUUCAAGUUUCAUGGAGGAGCUCAGUGUCGCAGCUGUUUGCUGUUAAGCUGAAUAGCGAGCAUGAAGAGCAAGAAGUUUUAUUUAUAUUAUUUGUAGUGGUUAUCAAUGGCAUUUGUAAAGUAUAUGUAAAAUAACGUAAACUAAAAUAGAAACGGAUAAAAAGACACAUUCAAAAAUAACCUGCUCGCUUUGCAAAAUGUCAGUUAUGCUUUAGCUGUUUGUCAAAUAAAGAUAUGCGGCAUGGGACGAGGACUGAACUCAACUUUGAGGUAAAUUUUCUAUUUAUGUAGUUCUUGUUUUCUGAGUGAGGUCCACAAAAUAAUUUUGCCUGGCUUGGCGACAGCUCCAGUCUCUAUUAAGUUAAUACUUAAUAGAUAAGUAUACUGGUUUGGCUCACUGUUGUUGUAUUCCAAAAUGCUGGAGACGUGAUUGAUAUGUUUGUACUUAAAUUUGAUUGUGUAUGAAUGACAUGUUGUAAGGGACUUAACAUAAUGUUGUUUUCAUUAGUUUCAGUUAUAAACCAUUCGUUGUAUAUAGCAAUAUUGUCACAUAAACUCCUAACUUCUGGAUCACUUAUUUCACACAAUGCACUGAUAAUUAUUGUCAUUCUCACUGUUACUGUCAUUUAAAUCAAGUAAAUGGGGGAAACUGUAUAUGUCUGAGGUUAAAAGACAAAACUGUCCUGUAGAGCUGCUGGUUCUGGCCUUUAAAAACAGGAAGCACCUUUCCACUGCAGGUUUUCGGUGCAGGUGCAAGGUGGUGUGAAACUUUAUAGGACAACAUGGGGGAAACAACAAUGAAAGCCAAUAGGUUUGUCUAGGAUCACAAGCGUGAGGCUGUCAUGUAGAAGUCGACAGCAUAGCUCGCAGGUCUGAUAUAAGGAAAAUAUAAUUUUAAAAUGCUUUAAACCUCAAUCCUUUUGCAAAAGAGUUGCAAUUGGUUGAAAAAAGUAUUUCCAGCUCUAUUGAGGCUUUACUUAACUGCCAAACAUGUGAUGCAUGGCAAUGUAGAGUCAGAUGGCCCCAGCCUAGAGACCAGUUUGCAACCUCCUUGCAACCACAAUGCAAACUACAGGCAAUUUGCUCGUGACAAAAACAAUCAUAAGGAGGGUUUUGGUCUCUCUUUGUGAUCGAUUUCACCUGGCAGCAGGGAGCAACCUCCAGUAAUCACUCUCUAACCAGUGGGGAAAUCUAUUUUUUUCACUUGCAACAGGCGGUUGUGUCCAUGUAGCAGAUAAUUCUAGAGCAAUGUGAACACAGAGAAAUCUUUGGGAAAACAGCUCUUGGCUGUUACUGUCUACAUGGUGAGGUUUUGUUUGAGUUGCUUGAGAGGACACACAGAACUUUGCUGUUCUUUAAUUUUAUGCUAGAUUUUUUUAUAAUGGCAUUUGUUCUGAAUUUAACAAAUAAGGACCCUCAGCAGUGUUCUAGAAGUAUUUGCACUGGAGUGGGUACUUUUUGUGGGAAAGUUUCGGGCAAUUUAGUUUCCAAAGGGAACAAAUUUUCCUACCAGUGUCUUCUACAACUUAUUAAUUAAAUCUUGCUAAAGCAAUUCUAAGUAAUUUUUUAAAAUAUUGCAUGACAAUGAAUCCUCUAGUAUGCAGUGCUUUGUGUCUCAGAAGAACAAACUGCACCUUGCUGUUAAAGAAAUCUUUGACACUGGCUUAUAUUAUAACAUUUUAUUCUUGGAUUCUCAGCUUUGAUUUCUUGAAUUAGUAGUUUGGGAUUUGCAAAGUACUUUUUUGGUGAGAAUGAGAAGACUGACAUACAUGAUUGUGUUUCCUUUGUAAAUAAU